GUAUGUAUAUUUUACCAAUGUUUUGGCUACUAAAGAUUUGGUAGCUGCUUUUACUAAACUAUUUCUUCAGUGUAAUAUUGUUUUAUGGCUCUCCCCUCGUUGGGAUACGACGCAUUCUGGGCUUUCGAUGGCGCGAUUUACCUGAUAGUGCUGAAUGGAAUGAUAUUUUAUUUUUUUUAUUUAUAAGUUUGAUUAUUUAAAAAUUUCGUGUAGCGCAAACAAUGCAUUGUUCUAGUUAUUACCCGAAUUACUACAGCAUUGAUGAUGUGAUGGUAACCCAGGAGCGAAUACAAUGUUUGACUUUGCGUGAAGUUUAUCAGAUGGGAUUCCUCGAUUCAUCUCAAAAACUGGAACAUUUGGAGAAAAAUGUACAGCUCGAGCUACCGCUUUGGUAUCUUUUGCUUCAAGACGAGCGGAAUGCUUUCGUUAAAAUAAAUAUUCCGGAUAUAUUUACCGCAGCCUAUAAGGAAAUAUAUAAAGCGGACGCAAGCUAUGUUGAGUUGGGUAAGCUAAAUAAAUUCUACUAUGAGCUUGGAAUGUACAUCACAAAGUUUGAGGCUGAAGACGGUUUGGCUGAAAUGUUGUUUGAUGCGGCUCAAAAAAGAGUCUCUGCCAUUAAGGAUAUGUGCAACAAUGUGUCCAGCGAGAAUCUUAUAGACAACAAAAAUUUGGAACAUUUGGAAUGCAUUCUUUACGAAGUCGGCAGCAGAAGCCACAAGAUGUACUCAGACUGGUUACAGGAGAAAUCGGUUAACAUUAAAUCAACUGAGCUCGUUACGAACCACAGAAAAAGAAAGCGUGAUAUUUUAGAUGACGACGAAAGUGAAUCGCAACCCUCCCAGAGACUUUCUACAUAGGUUUUCAGAAUAUGUUUGUAUUGCUGCUCAAAAACAACGAAAUUACAGUGGGCUACACAUGA